UCGCGCCUGCGCUCUGCGCCGUCACUCUCUCUCUCUCUCUCCCUCUCCCUCUCGCUCGAGAAGCCGCAGCGCCCACGUGGCGCGCAGGCCGCCGGUCAUGGGUGCCAAACGUCGGCACAAUGUCGAGUUCUGCUGCUGCGCCAUUCCCCUCGUCAAUUUCGGCGCCUACGCCAUCCUGCUGGAGCACUCGCUGAUCGCCCUCUGCGUCAUCGUGCUCGCUCUCGCGCCGCCGUCCAUCGUCGCCGCCACCGGCUCGCUGCCUGCUUCCUGGCCCAAGAUCGUCGUGGCGCUGCUCGGCGUGCUCGUGCUGCUCCUGCAGCCGCUCGGCGUCAUUGGCGUCGCGCGGCAAAAGCCGACGCUCUACCGCGUCUACCUGCGUCUCACCACCGUGGCGGUGCUCGUCACGCUCGGCGUCUGCGCCGCCUUCUUUGCCGUGGCAGCGGCGCGGCAUGCAGCGGCGCUGCAGAGCUGCAUCGCCACGUAUGCCAACACGCCGCAGGGCGACGGCAGCGGCGUGUCCUUCUCGCAGACGAGCAGUGCGCUCGACUCGCUCGGCGAUACGAUUUGCAACAUCUGGCUCUGGGUGCAGGUGGGCACGAUGGGCCUGGUGCUGCUGCUCGUGGGCAUGACACAGCUAUACAUGCUCUUCCUCCAGCGCGCCUACGGCGCACAGCAGCGCGCCGCAUACACGGCGCACAAGUCGCUGCAUGCCGGCGGCGUCGACAUUCCCCUCUCGGCGCGCCUCGACGACGAGCGCGGUGGCGUCGAUGGCGACAACCACGCCUGGAGUGCGGCGCCCGCACAGCGCCUCUCCGACGAGUACGCAUACCCUGCCGCUGCGCCGUAUGGCGCCGCGGCGCGAGGAGGAGGAGCACAUGCAGACAAGGCGUACAAUCCGACGGGCGCGACGUACGCCGACGAAGAGCCCUACCAGCCGUAUCCGCAGCCGCAGUACGCACAUGCGGCGUAUGACUCGUACGGCGGCGCGGGACACCAUGCAGCGGCGCCAGGCGCGGCAGGGUAUGAGUCGUAUGGCGCGCAGGACGC